CAGCACUACAUGAUUCUGACGUUUGAUGACAUUUGUCAUCAUCAUUCGUCAAAACAAACCAUGUCAUAUUGCUAUGAAAAAAUCGUUUAAAAAUUGUAUUUUAUUAAAUAAUUUAUCUUCUGAUUGUUGUAACAUCUGUAAUGUCGUCUCGUGUGUUAAGAAAACUACAAGGUGAUAAGGACAAGGAGUUUAAUGAAGAUAUUUCGGACACAGAAACCGAUACUCCAGUAAGUGGAGGUGCAAGGCGGAAACAGCUCAAUAUAAACCGCUACGAUUUGCUAAAUCAACAAUCUCAUUCAGAGAGUGAAGUUAAGGAGGAUGAUAAUGAGACAGAGGCAGCCAAAUCUUGUGAAGGAGAACAUCACGAAAUAAAAAGGAAAAAGAAAAAGAAGAAGAAAAAGUCUGGGAAACAUACCAGCACUCAAAGAAGUAGUGAAGAUAAUGCAGAUGUUGAUGAGGUGGAAAGGUCGUUGAGGGAAGUCAAUAAACUAUUGGGAGAAAACUACAUGCCGAAGUCGUCAAACGAUCCAUAUGUAAAACAUGAGAAGACGAACUUCAGGAAAAAUUCAUUAUCCAUACAACACAAGCAUUUGAACCCCAAUAAUGAAUUAAAAAGAAUAUUCGGUUCUAAAAUCGUCCAAAGUGAACAUAAACGCAAAAACCGGACUGGGGUACGUGGGCAUGUGAAACAAACGACAAUGGUGAACUGCAAAGAAAAUUAUCCCAAUGCUGGAAAAUCCGGCCUAUCGAUGGCUUAUUUAGAGAACAAAAACGGCAUACAGUAUUUCACGUACGAACACAGCCAGAGCUACAGACAGGUACAGAACAAAUUUCUGGACGCCGUAGAGAGUUUAAAUCCUGAUAAUAUAGUGGCCAUAAUCAAUGAACAUCAGUACCAUGUGGAUGCUUUAAUCCAGCUAUCGGAUUUGUGUAAAUUGAGCGAGGAUCUAGCAACGGCAGCUGAACUUGUAGAGAGGGCAUUGUACUGUUUAGAAUAUGCUUAUCAUCCCCUAUUUAAUGUUGCUCAAGGUAAUUGUAGGUUGGAUUAUAAGAGGCAAGAGAAUAGGUAAGUAAAAUU